AUGGACACAAAUGGAAUUUUACAACUUCAAUGGCAUUUAAGGGAUAAAGAAAUUGUGUUUGAGGUGACUGUUAAUAGUCGUGGAUUCGUCGCUAUCGGAUUUCUUUAUCAAAAUCCUAAAUUCAGUGGCUUCGAUAUGGCUUUAGCUUGGAUACAUGAUCGUACAGGAAAAGCAAACAUUUUGGAUUGCCAUGGAAGAAACUCAAACUUUGAGGAAAUAUUAAAAGACGACACUCAGAAUUAUAUUAUCGAUCGAGAAGGCUAUCAAAAUUUGACUCACACCGUGAUAACAUUCAAGCGAUCUUUGGAGACAUGUGAUCCUCGUGAUGUUCCGUUUACAGCUGAUACAAUGAAAAUGUUUUGGGGAUAUGGCGAACGUGACAUUGUAUCAACGCAACUCGACAAAAUAAAGUUCAAGGCAAAGGGAAUCAAAUCAAUUCAUUUGCUGAAUCCAUCAUUUAAAAAGCCAAACAAUCAAUCAGAUCUUUUACAUUGGGAUGCAACAGUAAAGAAUGUGACAAUCCAUGAAAAUUUCGACACAAUUUACUGGUGCAAAAUUUUCAAAGGUCCCAAUCUCGAUGUGAAACAUCAUAUAAUUGGAUUCGAGCCGAUCAUAACACGCGAUAUUUUAACGAAGAAAAGCACUGUUCAUCACAUGACGUUAUUUGAAUGUACCGAACGUGCAUUCAGGAAAAAUACGAAAGAUUUAGAUUUGUGGACAAAAUCGAAAGGCGUUGUGUGCAAUUCGAAUGACUCAAACAUUUUCUCUGCAUACAAUUGGGAUUCGUGUAUAACUCCAGUUGCGUCGUGGGGUGUCGGAGGAUCUUCUCAAUAUUUGCCAGAACAUGUUGGAAUUCCAUUCACGGGAAAAUAUUACAUGCUCGAAAUUCAUUACGACAAUCCCGCACAUAAGACCUUCGAAGAUAACUCGGGAUUCAGAAUACAUUACACGAAAAAUCUGCGAAAACAUGACGGCGGAAUAAUGAUUAAUGGCGUAACCACUAGUAACACUCAACUCAUUCCACCACGACAAAAAUCGUUUCGAAACUUAGGCAUUUGUGGUCAAUCAUGCACUUCAAAACAAUUGAACAUCUUUCCAGAGGAUGGAAUAAAUGUCGUUUCCGUAUCAUUUCAAACUCAUUCAGCUGGCAGAAAAUUCAAGUUUUCACACGUUAGAAAUGAAACGGAACUCGAUAAAAUUGUUGAGGAUGAUUCGUAUAAUUAUAACUAUCAAGAAAUCCGACAACUUGCAAACGAAACAAAAGUGCUGCCUGAUGAUUAUCUUAUAGUUGAAUGCACUUACGAUACGCAAAAUCGUAAUCUUGCCACACUUGGAGGAUACUCAACAAAGGAAGAAAUGUGUCUUGCUUUCAUCACUUAUUAUCCGAAAAUUGAUUUAGUUGGUUGCUAUUCAAUGGUUCCGGUGCAAGAAUUCUUCAGUUACUUUGGUGUUUAUGGAUUCUACGGAGUUAACAUGACGGAUGUUGAAAACAUGAUACUUUACGGUGAAGAAAUUGUCAAUCGUCCGCUUCCUUCAGUUAAAGACAUCGUCUUAUCAAACGAGGUGAAAACAUCCAACGAUGACUUUCAUGAGCGCUAUAAAAAUUCACUUUUAAAUAAGCUCGUGAUUAAUGAUCCAGUAGAAUUCCACGACCGAACGUUUAUGCGUCAUCUUUAUCAACUUCCGUGGGAAGAUGCAUCUUAUGCAAGUCAAUUAGAACAUUUGAUGACAACAGGUCGUUACAUGUUGUUUUGUCGAAUUGCCAAUGAUAGCAUUCGUGCUCCUACAGAGAUCAUCAAAUAUCCCAAAUAUGUGAGAAAAGAGAAGGAAGUUGACAAAGCUUGUCCUUAUCAUAUUUACCUCGAGUUGUUAGCAAACAACUCAACAAACUUACAUUUCCAUAAUCUUUUAUUAAACCUUUCAAUAAUCUUAACUCUCACAAAUAUUCUUCAAAUCAUUCAUUUUUAUUUUAUGUGA